UAGCUCAUUUGCUCAAGUCUCUGGGGUGACCAACAUUCUGAGUCAGAAUGUAAUCUUAAAACUUCCCUUCAAGGAGCCUUCAUUCUCUAUUACAUAAAGUGUGGUGGAAAAUCCCUCGACUUGCGUGUGCAUACGAUCAGUUGGAGGUUUCAAGGCUGAGUUAGAUAGAUUUUGAUCUUAGGUUAAGUGCUCCGAGUCAUAAACUUAGAGGCAGGUUUGGUGGAGAUUUAAUUGAACAGCAGAUGGGCGGUCUAAACCAAAGUCCUAACACCAAAUGAAAGAGAGCAAUAUAUAAAAAAAAAACACAAAAUCUGCCCGUGUCACCUUUUGUAUCUGACUUUGGCCAACAUCUCUGCUGACUUGUACUGCAGUAGUUUGGAAAGUCAGCUGAGUAUCUGCAGAUGCGUGAGCUUUCGUUGCAAUGGGAGAACGUGUUUUCUUCCUCUGUCGCUGCCUGACGCAAACCCCUCAUAGUAAUUCUGUUAACCUUGACCAGAGCCCAAAUUAAUUUAAAUGGGAAAUUUCACAGCUACAUAAGGAGUCGGUGUUCAGACCCAUGGGCCACUGCUAUCUGUACUGUGUGGGGGUGGGAGUAAUUAUUCUUGUUUACAGUACAAUCUAACCCAAGUCAUGCGGGACUCUUUUUUUUUUGUGUGAGCACGGUGGCUUCGUGGAGAUAGUUUUACCGGAGGGAAACGCUGCAGUAGCCAAUGUGUUUUGAGAGCUGUGCUCUUUGCCCGGCUCGCCUGUGUUGCAGAGUGGUGAAUGGAAAACGCCUUCACUGAGAAAGUAAGAUUGCACGGAGGGUCCGGUUCGCACGGGGAUUUACGCCGAUGUUUCGCCAAGGGAAUCACUCGCACCGUUGCAACUCGGAUUGUGAUUCCCCAAACCGAGGAGGAAGAUCUAGAGGAGGAAUGCAGGUGCCACUUAAAUAACUCUUCCUCUUGGACAGCAUUGGGAAGUCAAAACAAUCAAGAGGUGACACACAAAAAAUGGAGAAUCCUGUGGAGCAAAGCAAGAGUUUGAGUCAUAAAGCAGCCAAUGAGACUGGGAAGAGGAAUGGUCUAAUCAACACCAAAGACUUGGCGAUAGAUGGCAAGGAUGGAUUGGGAUCCGUUUACUCAGCUCCUCAAUACCAGGAACACACAUUGGGGAGUUUCCCAUCUCACAACUACAUUGAGAGGAGCAGGAAUGACUCUGGCCAGCAACAAGUCCUCAACCCCAGCACCUUGCAGCACACCGUUGAGGCCCAGUACCGACCCAAUAUCAUUUUGUACUCUGAGAGCAUGCUGAGACCCUGGAGUGAGAGCAAUAGUUCAGAUUGCUGUGAAACAACUUUCAUUGAAAGCAGAUCCCCCACAAAGGAUGGGCUGGAUUUUGGAGACAGCCAAUUCAUCGACCUAUCAGCUGAUGACAAUAAAGUCCAAACCCUGUCUUACGAUGUGGACGACGAGGAUGACUUCCAAGAGCUGGAGAGUGAUUACUCAAGUGAGACGGAAAGUGAGGACAAUUUUCUGAUGAUACCACCCAGGGACCAUCUGGGCCUUAGCGUUUUCUCCAUGCUCUGCUGCUUCUGGCCUUUGGGAAUCGCUGCCUUCUACCUUUCACACGAAACCAACAAGGGUGUGGCAAAGGGAGACUACCACCAUGCCAGCUCAAGUUCCAGACGUGCGCUGUUCUUGGCUGUGCUCUCAAUCACCAUCGGAACUGGCAUUUACGUGGGUGUUGCCGUGGCACUGAUAGCCUACCUGUCCAAGAACAACCAUUUGUAGGACUCUGCCCAAUGUGGACGCAUAAAACCCUCUGACCUAUGACCUAUUGAACCGUGGAAGAGCAGCCUCGAAAUCAGAAGUCGAACUGAUCAACUCCAACAUGGCCGACGGAGCAUUUGAUUCAAACAACAAAACUCAUCAGCGUUCAUUGUGCCGAUCAAUUGCAUCAAUGUUCAGUAUUGGGAGGACAGACAAUCAAAUUCCUUAAAAUGGCCUUUAUCCAAACUGGUAAUUUAAUCACCUCAAGAGAGGGGAAGCUUUGUCCCACAUACAAGGGAGCCUUUCAGGGCAGUGUCGCUAGUAUUCAGACUGCCCAGAAAGCAAAGCUUAUGGUAACUUUAUAAACAUUUUGUGAAGACGAGGCUCUGCAAUAGGUAUCAAUUUCAUUCUCUCUUGUCAGCUUCUGUUGAUCUCCUCAUAGGUAAAUAACGUAUUCCUCUGGUUAAUGGCACUCCCCAAUUGACCAUCAGACCAACCAGGGUGUGACUGUACUGCCCAAUGAAUCUUUGACAAGAAUCUGCCUUCCCAGGAGUACUUGUAGUUUCCUUGCCACGGGGCAUCCAUGAUGGACACCAUUUAAACCAAAGCAUGUCCUUCCCUGGUCUGCCCUGAGUCUGAUGUCACUGGGAAGGAGUCUACAGAAUCCACCGAGGGAGGCAUCUCAGUCCUGCUGCCAGUCAGCUGGAUACAUAGGGACUAUGUCGCCAGCUGUUGGUAGUGCCAAAGAUGGAUCUAGUUUGUGAUAUAAUGUGCAUACUCCAGCCCAGAGAAAGAAUGCAGUGCGGGUCUGUGAUGAGACUUUGAUGCCUUUCAUGGUGGAAUAGCUUGCCAAUAAUCCAGGUCGAUGCACCAUCAUGCAUAAUGGCACCAGACUUCAUUAUAAUCUUGCUCCAGACAUUGGCGAAAAGCUGAUUUACAGAGGUGCAGUGAAGGUUACUGCCCUUGACCUUGAGGUAAUGCUUGAGUAUGGCAUCAGGAAGCCCCAGCAAAAUUACUGCGGGAAUCAGGGAAAAGCUCUCCACUGGUUAUCAUCAUGCCUAUCUCAAAGGACCAUAGAGUUAAUGAUCUCAGCACCAGGUCCCCAUAGCAGGAGUUGUUCAGGGUGGUGUCCUUGAACUAACCAUCCUUACCUCUUUCAUCUAUGAUCUUCUAUUUAUCACCAACUCAGAGAUGGGAUAGUUGCUGAUGAAUGCACAUCAUUCAUUCCCAAUCACCACUCCCCAGAUGAUAAGGUAGUUCACGCCUGCAAGUAGCAAGACCUGAAUUAUUGGGGCUGGUCAUUUGCAAGUGAUAUUUGUAGAAGAAAAGUGUAAGACAUUGAGCAUUUGCACAAGACAGAAUGUGUCCAUCUUCCCUUAACAUUCACCAUUAUUGCCACCACUGAAUCUCCACUUUCCACAUCCUGGGGAUUAAUAAUCUGUCAUUUUAUCAUCUCCUUAGCAAAAAGGAAUAAUUGUUUGAAGCUAACUAUUACAGUAUGAAUCAAUUUUACUUCAGAGCAAAAAGGAGAACAAUGGUAAAAUCUAAGAACAAAGCCAUUGGAAGAAUCUUUCACGUAAUAUGCAGUAAAUUUCAUUGAAUCCUUACAGUGCAGAAAGAGACCAUGCAAUCCAUCAAGUCUGCAUUGAUCUCCAUACAGCAUCCCAACCAG